CUCCCCUCCCCCUCAUCUCCCCCCUCAUCUCCCCCCCCCCUCCCCUCCCCGCCCCCUCCCCCUCAUCUCCCAUCCCCUCCCCCUCCCCCUCAUCUCCCCCCUCCCCAUCCUCAUCUCCCCCUCCCCUCCCCUCCCCCCCAUCCUCAUCUCCCCCCCAUCCUCAUCUCCCCCUCCCCUCCCCCAUCCUCAUCUCCCCCUCCCCUCCCCCCACCCCCCCAACCACCCUCUUCUCCCAUCCCAUCCCCUCCUCCUCCCCUUCCCCUCCCCCCCCCCAACCCCCUCCCCCCACCCCCCCAACCCCUCCCCCCAACCCCUCCCCCUCCCCCCUCUCCCUUCCCCCCCUCCCUUCCCCCUCCCCCUCUCCCUUCCCCCUCUCCCCCUCUCCCUCCCCCAAACCCCCCCACCCCUCCCCCCACCCCCCCUCCUCCCCCCACACCCACCCCCCCUCCUCCCCCCACACCCCCCUCUCCCCCCCACAUCCCCCCUACACCCACCUCCCCCCCCUCCCCCCCCCCUCCCCCCCACCCCCCCCCUCCCCCCCCCCCCUACCCCCCCCCCUCCCCCCCCCCCCCCCCUCCCCCCCCCCCACCCCCCCCCUCCCCCCCCCCCCCCCCCCUCCCCCCCCCCCCCCCCCUCCCCCCUCUCCCCCCCACCCCCCCCCCCCCCCCCCCCCCCCCCCCCCCCUCCCCCCCACACCCUCCCCCCCUCUCCCCCCCCCCCCCACCCCCCCCCACCCCCCCCCCUCCCCCCCCCCCACCCCCCCCCACCCCUCCCCCCUCUCCCCCCCCCCCCACCCCCCCCCCACCCCCCCCACCCCCCCCCACCCCCCCCCCCACCCCCCCCACCCCCCCCACCCCCCCCCCACCCCCCCCCACCCCCCCCACCCCUCCCCCCUCUCCCCCCCCCCCACCCCCCCCACCCCCCCCCACCCCCCCCCACCCCCCCCCACCCCCCCACUCCCCCCCACCCCCCCCCACCCCCCCACUCCCCCCCACCCCCCCCCUCCCCCCCCCUCCCCCCCCGCCCCUCCCCCCUCCUCCCCCCGCCCCUCCCCCCCUCCUCCCCCCGCCCCUCCCCCCCUCCUCCCCCCCUCCCCCCUCCCCCCCGCCCCUCCCCCCCUCCCCCCGCCCCUCCUCCCCCGCCCCUCCUCCCCCCGCCCCUCCCCCCUCCUCCCCUCCCCCCGCCCCUCCCCCCUCCUCCCCCCGCCCCUCCCCCCUCCCCCCU